CCUUCCGCCAAUAAUCUUCUUCGAAACAAACAAAAAAAAUUUUUUUUUUUCAAAAAGAUCUCGAUCCUCCUCCCCUCGAGGCUCCAGCCCCCAACACAAAAAAAAUCACCCCGUAAAACACGCACAGAAACUUGUACAGCUGAGGAGGAGUCCCUGAACAAAUUCCAUAGAAGCUCCAUCGCUAUGACGGCGGGAGGAGCUUCUGUCAUUUCCUUUUACUCUCCACCUAGCUACCAUAAUUCACCCGAAAUUCAACUUCAAAGACGAAUUUGGAGCUCCAGUUUUCGCUUCGAUGCCCGUUUCAAGUUGCAGUUACCGAUAUACCCUUUGAACCGCGCCAGUUCUUCUGUGCAUGUUUGUUCAGGUUCAAGUAGAAGUAGCAGUAAUGGCGUAGUAGUAGGGAGAAAGAGUAGCUGGAGGGUGUGGACGGACUUGAAAUCGAAGCCGUACGAUGUUGCGGACUCCGAACGAGAGUCGUUAAAGUUUCAGGAUGCUUUCAACGACGCCGCACUGAAGAAUGGCGACGCUGUUGAUGGACAGAUUGUCGACAUUGCUGAAAUUCGAUGGUGGGAGCAGUUCCCAAAGCGUUGGGUGAUCGUGCUUCUCUGUUUCUCGGCUUUUCUGCUUUGCAACAUGGAUAGAGUAAAUAUGAGUAUUGCUAUACUUCCGAUGGCCUCAGAGUUCAACUGGAGUCCAUCAACAGUGGGUUUAAUACAAUCUUCAUUUUUCUGGGGAUAUCUUCUCACUCAGGUUGCAGGAGGUAUGUGGGCUGACACUGUAGGUGGGAAGUUUGUCUUGGGAUUUGGCGUGGUCUGGUGGUCCAUAGCCACCACUGUAACACCAAUUGCAGCAAGGCUUGGGUUGCCUUUUUUACUUGUAACUCGUGCCAUCAUGGGAAUUGGUGAGGGUGUUGCCAUGCCAGCUAUGAAUAAUCUUCUGUCAAGGUGGGUUCCAGUAGCAGAGAGAAGUAGAUCAUUGGCUCUAGUGUAUAGUGGAAUGUAUCUUGGAUCUGUAACUGGCCUGGCCUUUUCACCAUUAUUAAUACAUAAGUUUGGUUGGCCAUCUGUAUUUUAUUCAUUUGGUUCUCUUGGCACAGUUUGGUUUGCAGUGUGGCUAAAUAAGGCACACAGUACGCCUCUUGACGAUCCUGGGUUGCGGCUUGAUGAAAAGAAGCUGAUUCUCAGCAAUAGCGUAUGCAAGGAGCCUGUUAAAUCUAUACCUUGGAGAUUAAUUUUGUCAAAAUCUCCUGUGUGGGCCCUUAUAAUUUCUCACUUCUGUCACAAUUGGGGAACAUUUAUUCUUCUCACAUGGAUGCCUACAUAUUAUCACCAGGUGUUGAAGUUUAAUCUUACUGAAUCUGGAAUGUUUUCGGUCUUGCCUUGGCUUACCAUGGCCUUCUCGGCAAACGUUGGUGGGUGGAUUGCUGAUUCUUUGGUGAGCAAAGGUGUAUCUGUCACCAUUGUUAGAAAGAUAAUGCAGACGAUUGGAUUUCUUGGCCCUGCAUUUUUCCUGACUCAGUUAAACCAUGUUGAUUCUCCUGCAAUGGCAGUUUUGUGUAUGGCCUGCAGUCAGGGUACAGAUGCUUUUUCACAAUCUGGUUUAUAUUCCAAUCAUCAAGAUAUUGCCCCUCGCUAUUCUGGGGUGCUGCUCGGUCUAUCAAAUACUGCGGGAGUGCUGGCUGGUGUUUUUGGAACAGCAGCAACUGGUUACAUUUUGCAACAUGGUUCAUGGGAUGAUGUCUUCAAGGUCUCAGUUGGCCUUUAUUUGGCUGGAACCGUGGUGUGGAACCUCUUCUCAACUGGUGAGAAAAUAUUGGAUUAAGAGACAAUUCAAAACAAGUGGGAGGAUGCGAGACUCAAGCGUCAAACACCUCAGCUAGAGCAAACAGGUGCUCGAGAGAAACCUAUGAUCGCUGGAAUUUCGUGUCCAAGUGGCGCACAGGAAGAAUUAUUUGUCUGUAAAUCCACUGCUGUGCCAGCCUGAGCCCAAAGGAAGCUUGACUAUCAAGUGACAUGGUCGUAGCCUUUCUCAAAAACCCAAAAGAAAAGUACAAGGCUUGUAUACGUUAAUGUACAGCAGGAACAAAUCAAUUUUGUAACUCAAAAUUGGAAAUAAUUUUAUUCCAUAGCAUGAAAGCAUUUAUUCUGUACAAAACAACAGCCACUCUUAUGGCUCUUUAGUUUCAUCAUACUCACUGCUGUAGGACCCUUUGAAGUUCCAUUUGAUUUACGCUCAAAAUGUAUAAAUCCAUUACAGAAACGACCUUCAGAUGGUC